GAUUGCAAGCUACGUCAAAGCAAGUGAAAAAAAAAAACCACUUACCGCCAUUGUGUGCUUUACAAUCUGCACGAUGUCCCACUCACAUGUGAGACGGUUAGCCCAAUUCCUGAAAGCUCCAGUUCAUCUUCACCUCCACAGUUCUUUCCAUACUUCUCUUGAUUCUAUAUUUCAAAUAAUAAUACCUCAACACCAACCAGCCACUCUUUCUUUGAGUUUAAGCUUUGGUCUUCCCCCCAACCCCCCCUGCCUUCAUCAAAACCUGCUCACCCCUUUCUUGUUUGUAAUUAAUGUUUCGUAUCCACCCAUUGGUUGGUCGGGUUGAAAAUUGAAGGUAUUCAUGGCCAGUCAAGCAGACUUGUCUGUUAAUAACAUGUCCUUGGAGAUUAGGAAAAAGAAGCUCAGUGGACAGCAAAAGAAAGAGGCGCUUGAAAGAGAGGUCUCCAUGCUUCAGAAAAUGCUAAAUCAAGAAGAAAAGAUGCAUGAGAUUCUAACACGAGUACAUCAUCAAGAGGCCGGCUCUUCCAUCUCCAUCCCCAAUUUCCUCCCUCCAAAGACGAAGGAGCUGUUAGCAGAGCUGGCUAUGGUUGAGGGUGAGAUAGCUCGUUUAGAAAGCCAAAUAAGCCAACUUCAACUUGAUCUAAAACAGGAAAAGGAAGCUACCCAGGCAAAACAAUGGCAACCUGGGAGUCUAAUGUCUUACCUUCAAGACCAUCCAUCCACUACAUCUAACCCAAACCCCAUUAAGCAAGGUGGUCAGGAAAAGGUGGUUUUUGAGACAAAAGCUUUGCAUUUCAUUAGCAAAGCUAUUAAAGGGGAUUACACUCUUAGCGACUUCAGUCUGAACGAGAGAAUGGACUCAAGAUUACUUUCUGAGCAGAAAGAAAACCAGUUCCAGGGAGAGGUUAAAUUUCAAGAGAGGGUUCCUAGGAAAAGCAGUUUGUUGAAGGCAGCUUCGCCUUUACGAGACCCUCGGCAUCCAUCGCCCAAGCUAAGGGAACGUAUUCCAGAGUCUAACUGGGACCUCCCCCCGAAAUCUCUAUCGAGUACACUGCUUUCAGAAGAGAGCAGCCAGAAUUGGCAUCCCAACAAGCUAUCUGAGAAUAUCAUGAAAUGUUUGAACUUUAUUUUUGUCAGGCUACUUAGAACAUCAAGAGCAAUGGAACUGGAGAAAUCAGGCCCUAUUACCAGGUUUAUGAGCACACCCUUAAGCUCAAGAAGCUUUAGGGUGGAAAGUACUCUAAAUCCAAAGUCAAGCCUUGGGUCACAGAAAGAAUCGAGGCAACAAGACCCCUAUGGUAUCUUCGACAUGGAAGAGUCUAUUCCAAGGGACAUUGGUCCUUACAAGAACCUGGUCAUAUUCGCAUCAAACUCUAUGGACCCCAAAUGCAUUUCAAGUUCUAUUCCUUUACUUAAAAAGCUAAGGGUGCUGAUGAGCAAUCUCCAGAAAGUGGACCUGAGAUCGUUGACUUACCAGCAAAAAUUAGCAUUCUGGAUCAACAUUUACAAUGCCUGCAUCAUGCAUGGAUAUCUCCAAUAUGGUGUGCCUAAUACCCCAGAAAAGUUUUUGACACUGAUGAACAAGGCAACUCUCAACGUUGGAGGCAACACAAUAAGUGCGCAAGCAAUGGAGCACUAUAUUCUGAGGAAACCAGCAUCUUCGAACAUGAAAGAGGCUUAUCAGAAGGAUGAUAAGGAUAAUCAAGAAGCCAUUGUCCGCAAACUUUAUGGACUCCAAUUGAUGGAUCCGAAUGUCACAUUUGCCCUGAGCUGCGGAACUCGGUCUUCUCCUGCAGUAAGUUUGGGUAUUAAUUUUGGAACUCUUUCUAUGGCAGAUGUACCUGAUCCAAAGAAACUCUUGAAUAAAUUUCCGUGGCAGGUGAGAAUAUACACGGCUGAUGGAGUUGCAGCUGAACUGGAGAAAUCAAAAUUAGAAUACUUGCAAGCUUCAAUUGCGGUGACCAACACAAAAAAGAUUGCACUCCCUGAGCUUCUGCUUCGAAACAUGUUUGAUUUUUCAGUUGAUAUGACCUCAUUGGUCCAGUGGGUUUGUCAGCAGUUACCCACAUCUGGUUCACUAAGGAAAUCAAUGGUGGACUGCUUCAGGAGCCACAAUAGUGGCAAGGUAUCCAUCACUGUGGAGAAAAUACCAUAUGACUUCGAAUUCCAAUAUCUGUUGGCAAUGUAAACAAGAUUGUUUUCCAAUUUUCCUUUGUUUGUCAUGAAAGAAAAUAUGAAAUUAAAUAAGAGAAAAUGAACAAACAGCUUAAAUAAUAAGAAAAAAGUGAAUCAAUUUCUUUACAUCUUCCCAUACUUGUAGAUCCAUUUUUCUCUUUAACAAAGCAAAUUCGCAGUAACAAUUUCUAAGAUUGACCUAAUUUGCAGUUACGUGCUGCCUACAGGACAAUUAUUCUGUUUUCCUAAUAUUAAAAUAUUGAGAUUUCAAUUUUCAACCCAACAAGCAAAUCAAAAUCUGUAUCUUCGUUUUCUCCCACUUCUGUCAAUAUCUAAGGCGAAUCAUUAACAAAGUCAUAAUGAAUCUUUUCGCACUCUAAAUUUAAAAAAAAAAUCAUUUUAAUUUGGAAAAAAAAUCCUUAUGCCAUUAGAAAAAGAGUAUGAACUAAAAAUAUGAGCCGCCAUAUACCCAACUCAUCUGGGUGCCAAGGAGACCGAAAUGCCUGUUGGAACUUUUACAUUUUCCAACCAAAUCCUCGACUCAAGAUAAAGUUUGGAUAUCUUCCCUGCCACGCGUCCCAUAUCAGGC